AUGUUUAAUGAAGAAUCUUUGUUUAUUAAUUCUCUUCUCCUAAUCUAUCUAUCUAUCUAUCUAUCUAUCUAUCUAUCUAUCUAUCUAUCUAUCUUAUCUUCUUUCUUUCUUUUCUUUCUUUCUUUCUUUCUUUCUUUCUUUCUUUCUUUCUUUCUUAGUUUGUCCCUAUCUAUCUAUCUAUCUAUCUAUCUAUCUAUCUAUCUAUCUAUCUAUCUUAGUCUUCUUUCUUUCUUUCUUUUCUUUCUUUCUUUCUUUCUUUCUUUCUUAGUUUGUCCCUAUCUAUCUAUCUAUCUAUCUAUCUAUCUAUCUAUCUAUCUAUCUAUCUAUCUUAGUCUUCUUUCUUUCUUUCUUUCUUUCUUAGUUUGUCCCUAUCUAUCUAUCUAUCUAUCUAUCUAUCUAUCUAUCUAUCUAUCUAUCUCGGUCUCUGCAAAACUGGCCAAUUAUACAGUGGUUGGCAAACCGACAACAAUCAAGAAUUAUCCUUCUCUGGUUUACUUGGGCCGUUGUGUGGGUGUCCUAGUGUCCCGAGUUCACAUCCUGACUGCAGGACAUUGCAUUCAUCUUGACAAGGAAAUGUUCCCAGCCUACAUCGGAAACACGAAGAAAUUGUUUGGAAACCAGCAGACGAUCGUAAAAGUCUACAGACAUCCGAAAUUCACAAGAGAUAAACACACUGCAAAUUAUGACAUGGCAUUGUUGAAAAUAAAGACACCCGUUAACAUGUCUGAUUACGUCCAAAUUUCAGAAAUGGCCAGUUCCACUGAUGUGUUCGCCCCAGGAACACUUUGCACGGUAGCAGGAUGGGGAAGCUUAAGUCGAUCGAAGUUGAUGAUGACGUCUCACCUUCACAAUGCCAUCAUGAAGAUCGCCGAGCCAAGCGAAUGCGUGUUCAGUCGUUUCAAUUUUGAUGUCGAGUCAGAGAUGUGUGUGAAAUCCAUUCCUGGCGUCAAUCAAGCUGCAGCACCGGGAGAUUCGGGUGCGCCCCUUUGGUGUCCGCGGUCGUGUGACCAUAAACUAGUCAUCGCUGGAGUGGACAGUCGAGGUAUUUUGCCGGAUCUUCAUAAAUCUUUGGAUAUAUUCACCAAGGUCUCAUAUCACAGAAACUGGAUCAAUCACUUCAUGGAAACUGACCAGUAA